UCCGUGACCCAGAAGUGCUUUUUUAUUGUUGCGGACACUUUCUUUUGGAUUAGCAAAUUGUAGCUACACCAACAACAGAAAUACAACAAUUCAUAAAUGUAUUUAGCAACAAACAUCUUCAUACGGAUUAUAACUGCCAGUUCAAUCAAACAUAAAACGCAGACCGCAAUUUGUGACUGGAUUAAGGCGAAACAAGGACGGAGAGAGAGAGACAAAUAUAGCUACUAGCUAACGUCGCGUUAGCCUGUUAACGCAAGGGCUAAACAGCAAGUUGACAUGAAUUCUCUCGUCGGCUAUGGCGUGUCCUCUGAUUCUGACAGCGAUGGGGAUAUUGUAAACAACAAGAAGACUGAGAGCAAGUUGGAUGGAGAGACCCAGAAGAAGGGCCGCAAUUUCCUCCUAGAGUCCGGGUCAGCCUCCAGCGAGUCGGACUGUGACUCCAACCCAGAGGAAGAGGUGAACCCUGUAUCUCAACUACAACCAAAAUGCCCUCCUCCUUCCUGUAUGGGACCCCCCUCCAAGUCCCGGACCCCUCUCCUCCCCGCACCCACUAGCUCCCUCUCCCACAAACUCCCCCCUCCCCCCCUCGGGGCCUCGUCCAAGAGUGGCGUAUUCGCCAACCCCUUCAAGGCUCAAGCCGACCAGAAGCUCAACGUCUUGCAGAAGCAUGUCCCUCUCACAGUGCAGGCCCGGCCCUCCCAGAUAGGGGGCAAGAGGAUGUGUGUGGCGUACAGGAAGGACGGACGCUGCAGGUUCGGGAUCAAAUGCAAGUUUGCCCACGACAGCGAUCUCCAGAGCUCCAUCAUUCCCAAUGACUAUGACCCCCCUGAGGAUGACGCUCCCGGAUCGCACCAAGCUGACCCCAACGCAGGAGGCUCUUCAUACAUGGGUCGCCAGAACUUUCACCCUGAAGAGGAGGAUAGUCAGCAGUCUAGGAAGAGGAGAGUAGGGCUGAGUAACACCCUAGUGCCUCCUAAAAGGGCGUUGAAGAAUUAUGCAAUGCAGAGGAAGAGAGAACAGGUCAAUUUGAACUGAGCGACUUGCACAGGAAUACUGUCAGCAGCAAUACGCUGUGUGUGUGUGUGUGUGUGUGUGUGUGUGUGUGUGUGUGUGUGUGUGUGUGUGUGUGUGUGUGUGUGUGUGUGUGUGUGUGUGUGUGUGUGUGUGUACACGCUCACAUUGUUUUAGUGUGUGACAAGAGAAAAUGGGAACGUGUUCCAAUUUUGUACCAUUAUUCUGCACUCAUCUACUCCCCAACCAAUGGAUGUGAAAGGAAUGGACUGGUGUAAAAUAUGGUUUAAACUUCUCUCUUAAACCCAUGCUUACGAGUGAGCAAGUGCAAACUAAUCAGACUACAGCCAGAGAGUAUUCUAUACACCGUUUGUCAGUAUGCAAGAUAGGAUAACUAUACCACACUUCCAAACCUCUGUUCAUAUACUUCAGAUUGGUAGUUUGUACAUGGGGUUUUUGUAGUUUCAUCGAAAACGUAUUUAUUUUGGAAGAACCUGUCCAUUGGAAAUAUAAGCUACAUUUUAUCAUUGUUAAAUAAAUGUGUUA